UUCAUGCAAAGUAAACAGCCAUAUUGGAAUGUCCGGAAAAAUUGUCUUCGUUAAACAGAAGAUGUUAGAAUGAGUCAAACACCGAGAACUAGUGGGCUUAAACCCCCUAGUAAGAUAGGGAAGCCAAGUGGACUCCAGCCACCUGGCAGUUUAGCAGCAGGUACACCAGGGGAAAAGGCACACAGUGCUUUAACCAGCAGUGCUCGAGCGGCAGGCCUCUCUGCUGGCAAAGCUGAGAAGUAUGCUCAACAACUAAUGCAAAAUAUUCAAGUGGAGGAACAUGAGGGGUCUCCUAUAGCAACUGGUUUCAUCAUUGGAGACCGUGUCUAUGUUGGUGGGAACAAACCAGGAGUUGUAGCAUAUCUAGGAGAGACAAAAUUUGCAACUGGAGAGUGGGCGGGAGUGAUCCUGGAUGAGCCUGUGGGUAAGAAUGAUGGCAGUGUAGCAGGGGUGCGAUACUUUCAGUGUGAUAUGAAACGAGGUGUUUUCUCACGGCCGGGUAAACUAACGUCAACACUUCAAGCAACACCCCCUCCCUCAGAGGUUAAACCACCAGCAGCUACCCCUGCUAGGGGAGUAAGUGCAACUAAUGGAACAGCUUCAAAGGUUGCUCCAACCCUUGGUGGAUUGGCUAGUAAGAUAUCAUCCUCCAAGCAGGACCUCAGUAUGACCUCAUCUCCAACUGGGUCUGUAUCGAACGUUGCUACAGAUAGUAGUGCAUCUAGUGUAGGCGGCUCUAUUGCCUCAAGGUUCAAGGUGGGGGCGCGUGUAUUUGUCAGUGGGACUAAACCAGGGACCCUAAGGUUCAUAGGAGAGACCACGUUCGCUAAGGGGGAAUGGGCGGGAGUGGAGCUGGAUGAACCAAUGGGAAAGAAUGAUGGAUCUGUUGCUGGAAAACGAUAUUUUACUUGCAAGCCUCAUUAUGGGCUUUUUGCCCCAGCUCACAAGAUCACAAAAUUAACUACCAAUGCUCAGAAACCUGCCCCCAAGACAGCAGCCCCUAAGGCCACCCUCAGCUCACUAAGUACCUCCAUGGUUACUCCAAAACGUCGUCCAUCAACAAAUCUUUCCCGAGAGCGUAGUGGGAGCAAUGACUCUGUCAGUAGUAUAUGUUCUAGUGUCAGCACGUCGAGUGUUUCCCGCAGUAGGGUAAGACUGGGAGUGACCUCCCUCAAGGACCAGACUCCAGCCAAGACUGCCAAGCGACCUGGGGUGACCCCGAGUACAGCAACCACACAGGCUCUACAAAAAGCCCUGAAGGAGAAAGAGGAGCACAUAGAGCAGCUCCUGAGGGAGAGGGACCUUGAGAGGUCAGAGGUCGCUCGUGCAGCAUCACAAGUUGAAGAAUCUGAGAAUGAACUAACCAGUGUGCGCCAGGACCAUGCCUCAUAUGUUGAUGAAAUGGAGGAGUCCAUGCAGGCCAUGCAGAUCAAAGUAGAAGAUCUAGAGCAGCAGAAGAGGGAUCUCUUAGCCCAGGUGGAGGAGGAAAAAAGGAAAAUUGAAGAUUUGGAGUUCCAGGUUGAAGAACAGGGCAUUAAAGAAGAUGAGGUGGAGAUUAAGACUGAAGAGGAGGAAGCCAAAAUCAAAGAAUUGGAUGUGAUUGCAAGCAAAGAAAAAGACAGAGCUGAACGCCUUGAGAAAGAGGUUGAAACCAUGCAGGCAUUACUAGAGAAUGAAAGAAGUAAAUGGAAAGACAAGGAGAGUUCCAGUAGUGAGCUAGAGUCCACUAUGGAGGAGUUGAGACAUAAGCUCUCAUUGGCUGAGGCUAAAAUACAAGCACUUGAAACUGCUAGCUCUGCACAGGGGGAAAAGGCUAGCCAGGUUGUGGAACAGCUCACUGAAAAAGACAAGAAAAUCACACAACUUGAGACUAGUCUUAGUAGCAAGAAUAAUGACUGUAAAGACAUGGCAAACAAACUUAGUGAACUGCAAGAGCAGUUGGCAGAAGCAGACAAGAAAAGGCAGAAACAGCAAGAGUCUUUGGAAGAACUAAAGACAAAGUUGUCCAACAGUGACUCUACAUCUAGUGACUUGAACUCAGAGCUCCAAUCUCUCAAGCAACAACUCUCAGAAGCGCAACGACUGCUGAAUGUGAAUGAAGAAAAGACCACUCAGUUAGGAGAGGAUAAAGCCAAGCUGGAGGCUCAGAUCAGUGAACUGAUGAAAAACUCUGGCGAUAGCUCUCAACAACUAACCUCUAUGAACGAGCAACUACGUGAGAAAGAUAGAAAACUGGAAGAAGCGCAAUCAGCUUGUUCAAAUUCAACUCUAGAAAUAGGAAAACUUAAAGAAAAUAUAGAAACUAUAAACAAUGAACAUAAAAAAGAAUUUAAUAAUAUAUCUGAAAAACAUAAAGAAGAAUUAAAGAGUUCUGAGGAAAAACUUCUAGAAUCUAAUUCAGAAAUAGAGAAAUUAAAGAAUAAAAUUACAAAACUUAAUAAACAAUUUGAAGAUGAAAAACUUGAACUUGUAAAUAAGAAGGACAGUGAGCUAAACGAUGUAAAACAACAGAUUGAAAAACAACAAGAGGAAUUAUCAAAGAAAGAAAAUCAAAUCAAAUCACAAACUGAAAAAGUGACAGAGUUAGGAACCGAGAAAGAAAAUUUGAAGUUUGAAUCUGAAAAAUUAAAUAAGCAAAUUAAGAAAUUAGAAACUGAUAUAUCCGAGCUUACUACAGAAAAAGAUUCGCUUAUUACACAAAACAAAACGCUUAUUGCUGAAAAAGCUGAUAUAGUAGCUGCUAGUAAGGAGGGUGUAAAUAAGGUAGAAGAGCUUACAGGGGAACGGGAUGCUGCAAUACAGGAGAAAAAUAAGGCUAACUCAGAGAAGGAUGAUAUUCUAGGAAUGCUGGACAGAGCCAACCAAGAAAUCACACAAUACUUAAGCCAGAUUCAAGAAAUGGACUUGAAGUUUGAGGAAACAAAAAAAGAAUCUGAAAAACUUAAAACUGAAGCUAAAAGUCAUAAUGAGCAAUUAAACGAGGUUAAGACUCAGUUAGAAAAAGAGGCAAAGAAAUCAGAAGAGAUUCAAAGCAGUUUAGAAUCUGAAAGGAAGAAUGCAGGACUGCUUAAGGAACAGGUGUCAAGUUUAGAAGCACAAUUUGAAGAAAGCAAAACUAAACAAACCAAUUCAGAGAAACAACUUGUAGAGUCUCAAACUAAGCUGUCAACCACAGAAACUCAAUUGAAUGAGCUAAAGCUCAGUAUGAAGCCACUUCAGGAUGAGUUAGAUCAGCUGAAAUCAGAAGCAGUGAAUACUAAAGUCAUUAAGGAAGAAAAAAUACAGUUGGAGGUGCAGCAGUCGGAAUUGAAGAAAACUGUUGAGGAUCUCAAACAAAGGACUACUAAACUCAGGGAGGACUAUGAAGGGGAGAAAAAGGUGCUUGAAAACAACUUAGAGACAACCAGUGUUCUCAUGAAGGAGAAAGAUGCUCUGUUGGAUAAAAUGAAAAAUGAGGUUGUUGCCCUCCAAGGUGAGGUAUCACUAUCAAAGAGCUGGAAAGAUGCUAUUCAGAACCUGGAGUUGGACAAACAGUCUUUGGAGCAGAAGGUUGAGGAUCUGGAGUUCCAACUGGCAGAGGCUGAAGCUUUGGCUGAGACCAAUGAGAGCAACAAACAAAAUGCUAACCUUGUUUCAGUCACUCCUGAUGUUAUAACCAACACUGCAGAUACACUUAGUAAAGGAGAUUCAGCCAUGGUGAAGCUACAAGAAGAGAAAGAUGGACUGCAAGGACAGGUCGACUUCCUCAACUCAGUAAUUGUGGAUAUUCAACGUAAAAAUGAGGAGCUACAAGUGAGACUCGAGGCAAUGGAAUCAGGGGUUGUCAAUGGAGAUGACACGUCUUUCAAUGAUGUUAGUCCAAGGCAGCCUGCACCAAGACUCUUCUGUGACAUCUGUGAUGUGUUUGAUCUACAUGACACGGAUGACUGUCCCCAACAAGCCAUGGAUGAUGAGAGCCCCGAUGCUUCCCAUUACCAUGGUGAUAGAACAGAGAAGCGUGACUAUUGUGACAUAUGUGAAGUGUUUGGACAUACAACUGAGAACUGUGAUGAUCAAGAAACAUUUUAAUGAGGAACCAUCCAAGCCUAGAUGUGCAUAAUGGCUCCAAAUGCAGAAUAAGUGUACAAUGACACUCCAAAUGCACCAAUUGCACUCCAUACAAAAACAGUUUAAGAACAGUACAAGUCCUCAGUAAAUUUACAAGUUCAUGGUAAAUGUACAACUAAACAGAGAUCUACAUUUAGUCUCCAGAACACUACAAGGUGAUAAAUGCCAGGAUGUAGUCUUCAGUGUGUGUUUUUAUAUGAAUACACAUUUUAGUGCCCCCUAUAGUCUAAUGGUUGCUUCUAAUGAUCGUGCCUGUAGAAUGAAAGAUGAAGUACGAGAUUCAUUGGAUUUAUAUACUAUGUAUUAAACAGAUAGAAUAACAAUUUUACAGAAUUCCACUUUCAGGUGUUGUACCACCAUGGUGAUAUGCUACCACGGUUGGGUGUGUUUGGAUAAUAAGAGUUGUCCAAUUAAUGAGUUAUCUCUAAUCAGCCUUGAGGAAAUGAUGUUGGAACAGUAGUCAUUCAAAACCUUUUUCUCAAUAAAUUGUCAUAAUGUUAUGCAAUCUCCGCUUGGCUUGGCUCCCUGCUUGAUACUUGUGUGUAUGUAUGUAUG